AUGAAGGCAACAACAAAUAUAACGGGAGGUGGAACAAACGCGCAGACAUUUGACAAAUCGCUAUGCUCCUUGGUUUGGGUGGAUGAGUUUAAACAACAGUCCAUUUCAUUCUCAGCAAUCAACAUUCUCCUCUCCAUCGCAGCAAUUCUUGGGAAUUCUCUUAUCCUUGUUGCCCUUCACAAGGAAUCUUCACUCCAUCCGCCAUCCAAACUCUUGUAUCGUUGUCUGGCAACGACUGAUCUAUUGGUUGGUCUUGUUACCCAGCCUCUGUACGCUACCUAUUGGAUGUCCGUGGUUCACGAGCACUGGAGUCUUUGUCGAUACUCUUUUGACGGAUGUGGCGUAACAGGCUAUGCAUUAUGUUCAGUGUCGUUGUCGACACUGACGGCCAUAAGCGUGGACCGACUUCUCGCUAUGAAGUUGGGACUGAGAUACAAAGAGAUUGUUACUUUGAGGCGCACGUAUAUUAUUUUAGCUAUUGUUUGGGUUGUAUCUCUAGUCGCUGGAUUAUUCCGUCAUCUCGAUGACCGUAUAACCGCUUGGUACAGUCUUAUAGGUGUAUCAUGUUGCCUAGUUAUCUCCAUCGCCUCGUACAUUAAAAUUUUUUGCGCUCUCAGUCAUCAUCAGACUCAAGUGCAAGAUCACUUUCAACAACAGCCGAUCCAAGCAAAUGCACUGAACAUUGCGCGAUACAAGGAGGCAGUGCACAGCGCACUGUGGGUGCAGUUAGCUUUAAUUGUUUGUUAUGUACCAUUUUUUAUAGUCGAAAGUGUAAUUACUCUUACUAAAGAGCGAUUUCGGCAUUUCGUCAUAAUUAAUGGGAUGGCUGUUGUCUUGGUGUUAUUUAACUCUACUUUAAACCCGUUUCUUUACUGCUGGAAGAUAAGAGAAGUGAGACGAGCAGUAAAGCAGACAAUCAGACAAGCAAUCUGCUAUGCGCAUAGGGGUAGACCUAUCUUAACGUUGGCAUGUACUGUUUCUUCUACAGCUUAUUUGGAAAAAUUGUAAUUGUUAGGAGUGGGGGGAAGAAAUGCCAUUUCAUGACAAGAAGAGUUAGGAAAAAUAUGAGGAGCUACCUCUAAAUAGCAUAUUGUACUUGAAUUAUCGAACGAACAGCUAACAGGCGAAAAAUUGUAGUUUAGUAACCAUAACAAAACAAUAACUUCGCCAAUUUGCGCAUUUGUAAUGAAGUAGUGAAGGCUAUCAGUUAUUUUGGAAUCAGAAUGCGCUCAGGAUUUUUCAUAGCGAUCAAAUCUUGAUGAGAUACAUUUCAUCUUAGGUCAGAAAUAUGGUUUCUUGAUAACGCGCUGUUAAUGGACCCAGCCGCUUGAUUUUGUCAUGAUUGGGAAUUAGUUAUUGGGUUUUCAACGAAACAUUGUAAAUUAAAGAUGCGGCGUUUGUUAAUGUCUGCUUAAAUACACUGUAGGGAAUGCUUAUAAAAGAAGUUUAUUAUCUCUAUUUCACAUGGAGUUAUUGUUUGAGACCAAGAUGAUUUGCAAAAAAAAGGAUUGUCCCAAGUGAAGGAGAAUUCGUAAUGUUAAUGAUGUUUGAAGUAAAUUAAUUUUGAAUAGUUUUAUUUGAUCCAGUUUUUAUUUUUCCCAGUACCAAUUAGCGUCUUUAAUAAAGGCUUUUACCUUCAACUAAGAUAAUUCACGGCGUCCUAAGGUUGCAUAAAUUAUAUCAAAAGUCGAUAAACCACCUUAUCAAUGAAAGUUUAUAUGGGUAAACAGGGUUUUUGUAGUCAUAUUGUGAAAUAAUUCUACCACAAGUGUAUAUUUGCUUGCGGUUUGCUGCUAAUUAAAAUUCGCAGAAAAACCUGGCCCCUUUUUUCUUUGUCGUAAAACACAUCAGACAGCUUGUCAGAGCAUUUUGCAUAGUCAAAUGCUACUGAUGAACUCUUUAUGUAAUUAUUAUUCACAAAUUGAGGUUUGGCUAAUUUACAAGAUCAUGUUUGACAACAGCCGAACAAAACAAAUGCACCGAACAUGGCGCGAUACAAAAAAUAUCUUAAAGUUUAAACCGAUUAUCAAAUUUCUCCAUAAUCGGGGGCAUAGCGAAUGUUGCAGUUUUCUUUAACUCCACAUUUAAACUCGUUUCUUUAGCGUUGGAAGAUCAAAGAUGCGAGACAAUCAGAUAUGAAAUUUGCCAUGUUUUGUUUCUUCCAAAGCUGUUUGAUUAAUUAGAGCAAAUAAUUUGAAAGGCACCUUUAUUAACAAAUUCGAAUAUUCAAGAAGAGUUAUGUCUCUAUCACAGGCCGUGUACACACAACUGGUCUUAUGAGAAAACAUUUUCUCAUUUUAAUGACAAUCGAGUACAAAAGCUGCUUACACCCGCUCUUAGGUACCUACCGCUGCACCUAACGAAAAAGAUUUGUAUGACAGCUCACCACUGCAAGGAUCAUUCCCGCGUUUGAAUUUCAUCUGAUGGCCAAAAAAAUUAUUUAUGUCAUUCAAAAUUCUGAAAAAAAGGUGAAUAAUUAUAAUUGAAGGAAUUAGUUUCCAUAAAUAAAAAAUAUAUAUGAUCGAUAAAACGAGAAUCAAAUAAAUUUGGUGGGUGAUGUUUGCUAGUUCAAAAAUAUUUAUCGAUCGACUGAUUUCCAAUAACGAUUUAUAGAUAUCGUAUAUUUACGUUUUAAAAUAAUCCAGAAAAAUGUUUAAACGUUUCUUUAUUUACUUUGUCUUGCUAAGCCAUGAGCUGCGCCAGGCAUGCCAGGCUGAAACCGAUCUUAAAAUAGAAUAUAAUGAAAUGAUGUAGAAUGACCCAGGACAUUAAGCAUGUCUAUGUAAGCAAAGCUCAUAUUUAGCUGGUGUUCUCAUCACUAGCCUUUUCCAGGCGUUCAUUUAGUAAAACGGAGCGAAAUGGCACACAGGAGGAUAGUAGCGGCGGAGUGGAAAAACGGGUCGGGUGAAAGCCGUUCUUUACCCGUCUCGACCCAGUCUCACUCUUUUUACGCUCUGCCGUGACUAUCGCGCCGUUAACUUACUUUGCACUUCGUUUUACAAUACAAUACAAUACAAAGACUUUAUUUAAACACGAUAAUUGUUAAAGCGACUACACGCUUGUGGGGUCGUGCGUAAAAUGGAAUAAAAUGAAAUGUAGUAAAAUACAAUAAUUAAAGUAGCCUAUCAAAAUUAGAAGAUCUAAAAAUAUUUAAAAUUGGGGUCCUUAAAAUUCACUGUCUGUGGAGAAAUGGAAUUAAAGUUCAAAUUUAAAAGUGCCUUUGAUUUGUAGGCUAACGAGGAGAGCUGCUUAAUGGUUAUAUUUCUUAAAUUUGAUUCUUGGAGAAGUGUGUUAAAAACGAUAGGUCCUCUUCUGGAAAAACUGUUUUUCAUGUAAUAUGUAUUGAAUUUUGGUACUUUUAUGUUGGCAUUACUUCUUAGAUUUUUCUUAGUAUUCACGUCAACUUCUUCGGUGGUAUCUAAGAUGGAUAUAGGUAAAGUCUUAUAUCCAUCGUUUUGCAAGCUGAACGCCUCGAAGAGGCUGUGUUGUCACCCGAUAAGCUAUCAGUAAAAGCUGUGAUACAGACUUCAAGUGACUACAACAGUAGACAAGACAAAGUUUAGUUUUUCGGGAAAAAAAACAAAACAAAACAAAAACAAAACCUUAGCUUAAAUAACAUAGUAUUGGUGACCACAGAUUCAUCCAAAGGAAGUCUUACAAAUUACCUCCUGACCAAGUAAUAUCUGCGCUGCAAUCUUUUUGUUGUUCAGUUUGCCGUAGUAUGUGAUCAUAAUUCUGACAAGUACCGUGAUCAGAGCGUUAGCAUAAGCACUUCAUCAUCUGUCAAUAGCUUUCAGUGAAGGCUUUCCUUUGUCAAAAACUGAUGUUUUUUGCCAUUUCUUUUGAAACGAUGAUCACAGAGAGUGUAAAUUUGUCCCUGUUAUACGAUGCUAUUUCCAAAAUUUCGUUUACGAAUUAGAUAAACAGGUAACUAAGACAAACAGCAUUGUUCGGUAGCAAACUUCCGCUUUAUAUCAAGAUGUAAUUUGCACACAGCAUGUCUUCCGUGGGAGGAAUAUUUGAGUUAUUUGGAUCUUUUGAGAAACAUUUCCACCCUUUGACAAGUGUGACAUGUAGAGAAAAAAAUUCAAAUAUUUUUAGAAUAACUUUACAUCUGCAAUCUACAUUAAUUUUGAAAUUGGACUUUUUCUCCCAGUUUGCCUAACCUGAUAACAAUUCAUGUCGUCCCAAGUCACGUGAAUUAAUAAUUCACGCUAGGCAGCGAAUCUGAUCAAAUUCGUCAGUGUCGGUCGACUGUCGGUGUCUUAUCAAUGAAGGUUUGUUUAAGUGAGGAGUUAUUUUUUUUUCUGUUGUAUUAUGAAAUCAACCUAUCAAAAAUGCAGUUUUGCUACCCCUCUUAUUGCUAAUUCAAAUUCCAGCUAAAAAAACCGGCCUUUUUUUACUUUUGUGUGACAAACCUCGCAGCAUUCGGGCAUUUUACAUAGUCAGAUGCUACUGAUGAAUUCUCACUCUCUGUUGUUGCUAUCCAAAAACUAAGGUUUAACUGAUCUUGACUUGGAGGCUGCUGUAAAGACGAAAUAUUUUUCGUUGUUACUAACUUAAGGAUAAUUUGCAAAAGAGUGGAUACGCAAUAUGCAAUCUAGCUUUCGAUUUUUUCUAUGCCGAUAAACCUUUCAAAAAUUGGCAUUUUAGAUAUGGAAAAUUAAAUAAUUAAGAUGGUAAAUUUUUGGCACGUUACUAAACCAGAGAAAAAAUGUUUUUUGUCUUGUCACGUGCGUAGAACAAAGAAGAAACCUUGAGUCUCCCCACAGGAAAGUAUUAGGAAAACUUUUUACCAUAACUUUCACGGAUGUACGCAAAAGUGGGUCAAUAAAAACCAGUGAAGCUCCGAUUUUGUUGUGUUGAAAAAUACUGGAGACAGUUACAAGUAAAACGCACGGUAAAGGUUCAGACUGUUUUGUAUACUUUACUCGACGCCUCAAAUAACUUUAUAAUGCGUUUUCUUUGCAAAUGAAUUGUUUGCCCAUGGAUCAAUUUGAGUCCAGAUAAAAAAGAUGAAAUUAAACAUACUUCCAAUAUCAGAAAAGUUUCAUUAGGAACGGUCGAUUUACUUCAUGUUACUGGAACAAAAGGAGACAAAAUUAUGGAAAUUUUUCUCGUCUAAAUAGUGCAUCAUCUGUAGAACUGAUGUAAUGAUAUGAAUGUUCCUGGUUCCAAUGGCACAGUUAUUAGUGUUGGUCUGAGAACAAUUCAUUGCGUCUCAAGAUGCACGUGAAUGAAUAAUUCACGUAAUUAUCCGGGUAAGGCGACGAAUCCGAUCCAAACAACACGUUCGAGUAUCGAGCGACUGUCGGUCAACUUUCGAUAUCCUGAAGGUUUAUUUGAGAGAAGAAGUUUUUUUCUGCUGUGUCGGGACAAAUGCAAUUUUACUUUCUCCAUAUUACUAAUUCGAAUUCACGCAGUAAACAUAGUCCUUUUUUUCUCUUUCGUGUGACAAACAUCACAGCUUUCGGGAAUUUUACAAGCGCAGGAGCUAUACUGAUGAUUUUAUAUCCUCUGUAAUUGCUAUUCAGAAAUGAAAGUUUAACUGAUCUUGACUUGGAGUACGCUGUUAAGGCGAAAUAUUCCUCGUUGUAACUAAGGAAAACGCGCAAAAGAGUGGAAACGACAACUGCAGGAUGAUGGCGUCAGCAAAUAUAACGGGAAGUGGAACAAACGCGCAAACAUUUGAAGAAUCGCUAUGCUCCUCGGUUUGGGUAGGUGAGUUUAAACAACAGUCCAUUUCAUUCUCAGCAAUAAACAUUCUCCUCUUCACCACAGCAAUUCUUGGGAAUUCUCUUAUCCUUGUUGCCCUUCACAAGGAAUCUUCCCUCCAUUCGCCAUCCAAACUCUUGUAUCGUUGUCUGGCAACGACUGAUCUAUUGGUUGGUCUUGUUACCCAGCCUCUCUAUACUACCUACUGGAUGUCUUUGGUUCACGAACACUGGAGUCUUUGUCAGUACGCAAGGGACGCAGUCUACGUAUCAAGCUAUGCAUUAUGUUCAGUGUCUUUGUUGACUUUAACAGCCAUAAGCGUGGACCGACUUCUCGCCAUGUUGUUGGGACUGAGAUACAAAGAGGUUGUAACUUUGAGGCGUACGUAUAUCAUUUUAGCCAUCUUUUGGGUUGUAUGUAUAGUCGCUGGUUUAUUCUCUCAUCUCAAUUACCGUAUAGGCCUUUGGUGCAGCUUUUUAAUUACACCAUCCUGUUUGAUAAUCUCAGUCGCCUCGUACACAAAGAUUUUCUGCGCUCUCAGUCAUCAUCAGGCUCAAAUACGAGAUUAUGCUCAGCAACAGCCGAGCCAACCGAAUGCACUGAACAUGGCGCGAUACAAAAAGGCAGUCUGCAAUGCGCUGUGGGUGCAGUUAGCUUUAGUUGUCUGUUAUGUACCACAAUUUACAGUGAAAAUUGUGAUCUUUCUUAGUACAAAGAGUGGAUUUUCGAAUUUCUUCAUAUUCCUUGGAAUGGCAAAUGUCUUAGUGUUCUUUAACUCUACUUUAAACCCGUUCCUUUACUGCUGGAAGAUAAGUGAAGUGAGACGAGCAGUAAAGCUGACAAUCAGACAAGCAAUCUGCUAUGCAGAGGGGUAGACCUAUUUUAACGUUGGUAUGUACUGUUUCUUCUAUAACUUAUUUGAAAAAAGUAUAGAUGUUAGGAGAAAAGGGAAGAUAUGCCAUCUCAUGAUGAAAAGAGCAAGGAAAUAUACGAAGAGCUCCUUCUCAAUAGUACAUCGUAAUCGAAUUAUUUAACGAACAACUAACAGGUGAAAAAUUGUAGUUUAGUAGCCAUAUCAAAACAAUAACAUGUCUCCAAUUUGCGCAUUUGUAAUUAAGUAAUGAAAGCUAUUAUUUGGAAUCAAAAUGCGUUGAGGAUUUUUCUUUUGAUCAAAACUUGAUGAGAUAUAUGGACUGAGCUCAGAAAUACGGUUUAGUGAUAACGUGCUUUUCACGAAGCCAGCCGCUCUAUUUUGUUAUGAUGGGGAAUUAGCCAAAGUGUUUAUUACGAAACUUUAUAAAUAAAAAAUUCUGUUUACUGUGGACUUCGUUUUACUAGUUGAACGCCUUAAACAGGCUGCGUUGUCACUCGAUAAGCUGUCGAAAAGAGAAAAAGAAAAAGGAAAAGAAAAAAUCUGUGAUGCAGAAAAGAAGAAACUACUACAGAUACUUUCUUCUAGUCAGUAGUGGAGCCACUUAUAGCGAAAAUGAUUGUAAUACCUGCUGUAUACAUAACAACUUUAAUUAAUUCGACGGUAAUGUUUUGCAAGCAAAUGAUGACUCAACCAAAAAAAAAUCUGACUUACCUAACUUAAUGGUUUACAAAGCAUAAUAUAUAUUUAAUAAAGUUUUUUUAGCCUUGUGCUUUGCACCUAUGAAAUGAUUCAGUAUUUCUAAUCGAUAACAAAACCAUAUUGUAAAAAAAACGCUGGUGUGGUAAUUUUUUUUUUUUUUCGGCGUAAAUAACAUGGUAUUUUUGACCAUAGAUUCGUCCAAAGGAAGUCUUCAAACUAACGGAUUGACAUCUGCACUGCAACCUUUUGUAUUUCCGUUUGCCGUACGUAUGUGAUCAUAAUUCUGACAGGUUCCAAGAUCACAGCAUUGGUAUAAGCACUUCGCCAGCUAUCAAUAGCUUUCGGUGAAGGUUUUCCAUAGUCAAAAACUGAUGUUUUCACCAUUCCUGUCCAAAAUGUCGUUUACCAAUUUGAUAAACAUGUCACUAAGACAAACACCAUUGUUAAGUAGCAAACUUCCGCCUUGAAACCAGAGAUCAUUUGCAUACAAAAUUUUUCCCAUGGGAGGAAUAUUUGAAUUAUUUAUGAUCUUUGGAGCAAUAUUUCCACCUUUUUAUCUAUCUGGAGAUCUUUCAGGAUAAAACGGCAAGAUAAAUUGUCGUAGAAUCUUUUCUUGCUGAAAAACUGAUUCCCUUAUAGGGAAUUAGUUAUUUAAUGCUACACAUGCCAACCUCUGGGGAAAUGUCAAUAUUAAGUUUUCAAACACAAAAGACACUUGAGAUCGUUAGCUCAUUCCAAAUAAUGUAAAUAUAUCGUUGAAACGCUUGAUUAUCUAUGCAUUAUGAAAAGGUGAGAUUUGAGCCACAGUUAAAGUGAAGUUGUUAGCAGGAAGCAGCAGUUUUGAUGAUGAUGACGAAGUUUAUGUAUUUUUUAACAUGGCAUCAAUUUCGACAUUCUUCUCUGGUCAGGCGAUUGAAUCUUCAAGCAGUAGAUCCGGCCAGUCUAGAGAAAACGAAGCAGUCAAAAACACAAACAAACAAACUGGUUCUCGAUCGACGAGAACUUUGGAAAAAGUGAGUUGCUAAAGGAACGGAUUUAAAAGAAUUUGAAGGACUAGAAAGCGACACAAAACUUUCACUCUUGCCACAAAGCUCUCCCGCAAGCGGACGAGAUCAAAAAAUGCUCCUAGGAAACUUAUCUCAAAGUUGGGUGGCCGAGACGAAUGAAUCUUCUCCCAACCAAAAGCGAAGACUUUUAGAUCCCACAGUCCCCGGAAAUUUUGAUAUGUAGGGUUUUAUCUUGCCCCAUCAAAGAACCUGUUUAGAGGCACCGAGUCAAUUUUUUUUUUCGGCUGUUGUCGUUGAAGACUCGAAAUCCCCCAGUGGCUUUCCAUCGUUGUUUUUUUUUUCUGAUCUGGAAGCCUCACAGAACUCGUAAGUACUUGGUCAAACUCUAAACUUGUUUUCUCAGGUUUAUUCUUAAUAAGUUAAAAAUACAGCAGCUAAAAAAGAAAAAAAAGAUUCUUAUUUCUUCAUUUGUUUCAACAAUUUCUUUACUGACUGCCUUGAUCCCCAUCAAUAGAGUACACCUGAAUUUUCACCACAUGGAAUUCAAAUUUCAUUGAUGUCCUUCCGCUCGAAAAAACUAUCUAAGUAAUGUUAUCUUUACUUCUAACUUCUAUGUGAAUCAAAUUCUUACAAAUUAUUUCCCAACCAAAUUUGAAUUUCGGCACCAUAAUCCUUAAUUGUAGCUGUAGACUGUCUUUUUUGAUGUCACCGGCCAAAUUAUGACUUUGAUGCGUGUGUAGUUAAUUGCUAAUUUAAGCGGUGAUAAAACUGGAGUGUAGCAAAAUGACUGUAAGUAACUUCAAGGAUGCAUUUAACAAUUCCUCUGAAUCAUUUUUUUUUUUUGGGCCCAAGCAUACCGCAAUUCAAAUGGAACUUAAAGCAGACAAUUUCUGAAUGGAUGAAGAGAUAGGGAAAUAGAGAAUAAUAGAUAGGCGCGCGUAGAUAUGGAAUUUCUCUUCGAGUGUUUAACUCGAUAGCUCACGAGUGAGCGCAGCGAACGAGUGAGAUGUCAAGUUGAAUACGAGAAGAGAAAUUCCAUAUCUAAAAGCAACCACGUAUUAUUUUGUUUAUCAUAUAAACACAAUAGCCCUUUAGUGAGAAGAAAAGCCGACUUCAUCAAUGAAUGAAAAUAAAUGAAUUGACAAUCCCCGAAUAACAAUCGUAGAGUGCGUUGGCUCUAAUUCUAAGAGGGAAAAUUCGUUAAAUCAUGAUUACAAAUACAACAAGGGUCGUAAUUUUUAAUUUAAAAAACUAUUAUUUGCAUAUACAGAAAUGGAGCUACGCUAUUAGUGAGAAUAUGGUGACGAGUAAACAAGAAUAAAUUAGUGAAAUGAAAAGCGCUCGUUGAUACCGCGAGGAUUAAGAGUGCUGAUUUGAAAGAUAAAUUUUUGUUUUACAGUUUAGCUGCUUUCCAAACUGCCUAGAUGUAGGAAAAGACGUCCUUGCUAUUUCUAUGUACGUCGCAAAGGUGUUAUCGGAAUCGGUCACCUAGUCGUCUUCCUUUCAAGAAACAGGAAGCUUACCUCACCAUUAAUUAGAUAUUGGAAAAAUGGGACCACAAGCUUCUUGACCUUUAAUUUUCUCAUGACCACAAUAAAUUAUCUGGAUAAAUUUGUGGCCAUUAAAAGAACUGAGUAAAUGGUGAAUGAAACAAUUAAGAAAAAGAUGGGCUUACAACGUAACAUCUUACACCUGUCGCCGUUUCGUUCCCAAGUCAACACAGGUACGACACGUCGGGAACAAAAAUCCACGUGUCUUUAGAAUAACUUUGCAUCUGUAACCUGCAUUUAUUUCACUAGGACAAUUUUGGCUAAAUAAAGUCGGAGAAGUCCGGAAAUUCAGUGAAAACAGUUCGUAUUGGGUUUAGCGAGUUGAGAAUGCACGCUAUUUUCACCAGUAAUAACAAAGGAAUUAUCUGGCCUAUAUGACCGGAAGUUCAUGCCAAGUUAUAUUACCUCGCGAGAUGGUAUAACUUGUCCUCGUAAAUGCUGCAAAUCGGAUCGAGCGUAGUGACAGACGCGUGCCAAAUACUUUGGAAUUGUUACUUACCAGACGCUCGUAUCGUGGCUCAGUUUGUCUCGUGGUUUAUUAAAAUUCAGAAAAUAUCUGACAACUUCAAAUAUAAUGAAAUGAUAUAGAGUGACCCAAGCUGUUAAGCAUGUCUAUGUAAGCAAAGCUGAUAUUUAGCUAGUUUUGUCAUCACUAGCCUUUCCAGGCGUUCAUUUAGUAAAACGGAGUGAAAUGGUACACGGCAAGAUAGUAACGGCGGAGUGGAAAAACGAGUCGGGGUCGGGUCGGAUCGGGUCGGGUGAAAGCCAUUCUUUACCUGUCUCGACCCAAGCCUUACUCUUUUUUCCCUCUGCCGUGAAAAUCGCGCCGUUAACUUACUUUGCACUUCGUUUUACUAGCUGAACGCCUCGAAGAGGCUGUGUUGUCACCCGAUAAGCUAUUAAUAAAAGCUUUGAUGCAGACUACGAGUGUGACUACAACAAAUAUUUUCUUCGAGUCAAUAGUGGGGCCAUUUAUUUCGAAAGAGGAAUCGAGAGACAAAAUGAAUGCAAUCACCUGUCAUAUAUAUACGUAACAACUUUAAUUGUUACUACGGCAAUGUUUUGCAAUCAAAUAAUAACUCAAAGAAAAAUUUAACUUAACUUGCUCAGUUUUAUUAAGCAGACAAAGUAAAAAGGUUUCUAUAGCUUUAUGCUUUGCGCCUUUAAACUGAAUGAAUAUUUUUAUUCGGUAGUAAAACCUUAUUGUAGAAAAAAAGCUAACAGUUUAAAAAAAAAAAUUCACGCUAUCAUCCAGGUAAGGCAGCGAAUCUGAUCCAAACAACACGUUGCUAUCCAAAAACUAAGGUUUAACUGAUCUUGACUUGGAGGCUGCUGUAAAGACGAAAUAUUCCUCGUUGUUACUAACUUAAGGAUAACUUGCAAAAGAGUGGAAACAACAGUGAUGGCAACAACAACAAAUAUAACAGGAAGUGGAACACUGACGAAAACAUUUGAAGGAUCGGAAUGCUCCCCAUAUUGGGUUGGUGAGUUAAAACAACAGUCCAUUUCAUUCUCAGCAAUAAACAUUCUCCUCUCCAUCACAGCAACUCUUGGGAAUUCUCUUAUCCUUGCUGCCCUUCACAAAGAAUCUUCCCUCCAUCCGCCAUCCAAACUCUUGUAUCGUUGUCUGACAACAACUGAUCUGUUGGUUGGUCUUGUUACCCAGCCUGUCGCUGCUACUUAUUGGAUGUCUUUGGUUCACGAAAACUGGAGUCUUUGUCUAUACACGAGGGACGUAGGCUACAUAACAGGCUUUACAUUGUGUGGAGUUUCUCUGUUUACAAUGACGGCCAUAAGCGUGGACCGACUUCUCGCCAUGUUGUUGGGACUGAGAUACAAAGACAUUGUAACUUUGAGGCGCACGUAUAUCACUUUAGCUAUCGUUUGGGUUGUAUGUCUUAUCGCUGGUUUAUUCUCUCAUCUCGAUCACCGUAUAACCUUAUGGUGCAGCCCUAUAAGUAUAUCAUUUUGCCUGGUAAUCUCAGUCGCAUCAUACACAAAAAUUUUUCGCGCUCUCAGUCAUCAUCGGGCUCAAAUACAAGAUCAUGCUCAACAACAACCGGGCCAACCAAAUGCACUGAACAUAGCGCGAUACAGAAAGGCAGUGUACAGUGCACUGUGGGUACAGUUAGCUUUAGUUGUCGGUUAUGUACCACAAUUUACGAUUCAAAUUGUAAUCUCUCUUAAAUUAGUACGAAGCCAUUUUCGAAUUUCUUCAUAUUCCUGGGAAUGGCAAAUGUCUUACUGUUCCUUAAUUCUACUUUAA